UGUAAAUUGUAAUUUCAUCAGUCGUCUGUCACCUGUCACAUUUAUAUUGCUCUUGUUUUUCUCCGUAAUUUCUUAAAUUCUCGUACCGCAUUUAUUAAAAAAUCGUUCUUUUCAGAACGCAUAAAUCAUUUACAUUUUACAAGCGUUUUUAAGAGUUUCCAAUAAUAUGGAAGUACAAGGAGAUGAAGCUGGACCUGCAAAUAUAAAACGACCCCAGGGGCAAUAUUUCUCAUCGUUAAUGUUCUGAAUUAUUUCUCCUCAACAAUGAACAUUAGCGCAGCAGUUAAAGAAGCAAGCAAGGCUUUAUGCUGUACAGAACGCAGCAUUUAUAGCAUCAAAAAGGAAGAGCAAACUGUUGGAAUCUCCAGUCCCAAAAAACGUAUGAAAAGAAAGGGUGCUCAAGUAAAUGAUCGACUUCGUGUAUAUGACCAGGAUAUACAGUCUGUUAUUCGACGUAAAGUCCACAGCUUCUUCGUCGAAAAUAUUCUACCAACAAUGAAUAGUAUUCUGACUUCCAUUAAUAGUGAUGAUGAUCUACCAAAUUUUAAACGUAGUACACUACACAAUCUCUUAAAAGAUAUUGGGUUCGAGUUUCAAAAGAUGGGACGCAAGAGCAUUCUUAUUGAACGUGACGACAUCAUACGCUGGAGGCAUAAAUACCUAAGAUGCAUAAAAAAAUACAGAGAAGAAGGUAGAAACAUCGUAUACACCGAUGAAUCAUGGGUUAAUGUGGGGCAUGCAGUAAAUAAGGCAUGGCGUGAUACCACUAUCAACAGCAGUCGACAAGCAUUCAUCCAAGGGCUGAGCACUGGAUUGAGAUUACCAAGUGGUCUUGGGCCAAGAUUUGCCUUAGUGCAUGCUGGUGGUAACAACGGUUUUAUUCCUGGAGCGGAGCUGACUUUCCUCUGUAAAAAGAAUACUGCAGAUGCACAUAAUGAAAUGGAUACAGAUACUUACGAGAAGUGGUUUAUCGAUCAGUUAAUUCCGAAUAUACCACCAAAUUCAGUAAUUGUGAUUGACAAUGCUUCCUAUCACAGCAGAAAGGUUGAGCAGAUUCCAACAAUGUCAUGGCGAAAAGAACACAUUAUGAACUGGCUUAUGGAGAAAGAAGUGCCCAUCGAGGACAACAUGUUGAAACGAGAUUUACUUGCUGCAGUAGCUGAAGUGAAGCCUCGAUACGACAAGCACAACUUGAUGUUACAGCACAAGAAAGAGGUCAUGAGAUUCUCGUUUGCCACCAUAUCAUUGCGAAUUAAAUCCCAUUGAAAUGGUGUGGGCACAAGUAAAACACCAUAUUAAGAUGAAUAACACGACAUUUAAGGUAAAGAACAUGCAAGAGUUAAUCAAACUUGGUUAUGAAAAAGUCACGAUUGAAAACUGGCAACAUUAUAUAAAUCACGUAAAGGGCAUUGAAAACAACAUGUGGAUAACAGAUAAUCUUCAAGACGAUAUUCAAGCUUUUGUAAUUAACGUUACGGAAUCUUCUUCAGAUGAUGAUCCAGAAUACGAGUCCAGUGACAACUGAUGAACAGAUAUAAUAUAAAUUGUAUUGGCAAUGUUAAAUUGUGAUAUAAACCAUUAAAUUUUCGUAAAAUUUUGUUUUCUUUAAUCUUUAUCAGAGAUAUGGAGUAAGCAUGCAUAAUUUGUAUUUUGAGAUUGAGGUUAGGAAGUGUGGUUGUUAUACCAUAAAAAUCAUCUAAGGUAAUAUAA